AAAAACAAAAUUACCCAUGUGCCUGCUGCUGUUUCUUUUCUCCACAGCCGCCAGUUCUCCACAGCGACUUCUUCACAACAACCGUAUCCAGCUCCGGCGACUCCAGCUACAGCUCCGGCGACGCCAGUUCCGGCUCCUAGACAUCGCUUUCACGUCCUCUGCUCCUUGAUCCGCUAAGGCCUGUUGCAUGUUAUCAAAAGCGCACGCUUUUGGCGCCUAGGCGAAUUUUUUGAGCGACGCGCAUUCAUUGCGCUCCUGAUUCCUAGUGCGCUUUUUAUCUCGGGCCCACGCUUUUUUUGCGCCUUUCGCCUAGGCCUUGGGCGGAGCCUAAGCGCCUUGAGUGCGCCUAGCGCCUUUAAUAACUAUGGCCUGUUGACAAUCUGUUUUGACUGCUGAUUUCGUAGAGAAGUAGUUAAGACUUAAAAGGCAGUGAAUUAACAUUUCCAGGAACACAAAUGUUCUCUAGUGUAUCAACAUGCUUAUGAUAUCAAUGCAUUAACCACCAGGUUUCUUUGCUCCCUUAUUUGGAUCGAAAACAAGCACAUAAUGUUGGGUGUGAAUCGGUUUCCGAGAUCGCAUUUAUUCAGGUGGAUGGCGUUGCGCCACUCUUCCAGCAAGCUUUUUGUUGGAGGCCUUUCCUAUGAUACAAAUGAACCUGUGUUGAAAGAGGUUUUUGGGCAGCAUGGAGAAAUUAUUGAAGUCAUCAUCUUUGCAGCAAAAGUUAUAUGUGAUCACAAGAGUGGCAAAUCAAAAGGAUAUGGAUUUGUGCAUUUCAUUUCUAAAGAUUCUGCCAGCAAAGCCUUAGCAGAAAUGGAUGGUCAGGUACUCGACGGUAGAAAUAUCCGCAUCCAGUAUGCAAACAAGAAAGAAGGAUCCUGCAAUUUGUAUUUAGAGAGAGAAUUGUCUCGGCAAAUAACUAAAGGGAAGGAUGAAGGUGAUAAAGCUAGCCAAGACCUUAAUGUAUAUCACAAAGUGUCUUUUGAUCAUGUGUAAUGAUGCAUCAUUGUAUACUUUGUGUAAUUCAUGUGAAACCAACUCUUAAAUAAAGCUUAAUCAAGUACAUUUUGCAAAUUUCUAACAUA